UCCAAAUUCCAGCUCAGUUCACCAGAGCAGAGCGAGCAGGCCCGGCGGACCGAGCCAAACGAGAAGCUAGGCACCAAACCGCGGGCGAUUCGACCGAAGCGCCCCGCGCCUCCACAGCGUCGUCCUCUUCCUCGUUCCCUUCGUCAACUUGCUCGCUCGGUGCCCGCAUAUAUACGGCGUUGCGUGGCCGGGCUCGCUGCGUGCGCGCGAGGUGGUCGAUUCGAGGUUCUUGGGCCGGUGGAGUGAGGAGGAGCCCGGCGAUGGAGUGGCUAGACGAAUACGAGAAGCUGGUGAUCCGGAUGAACACCCCGAGGGUGGUCAUCGACAAUGCGGUCUGCCCCACGGCGACGCUGGUGCAGGUGGACAGCGCGAGGGAGAGAGGGGUGCUGCUCGAGGCGGUGCAGGUGCUCGCCGACCUCGAUUUGUCCAUCAACAAGGCCUACAUCUCCUCGGACGGGAGGUGGUUCAUGGACGUCUUCCACGUCACCGAUCGCCUCGGCCGCAAGCUCACCGACGACAGCGUCAUCACCUUCAUCGAGCAGUCGCUGGGGACAUGGAACAGGCCGGCGCGGCCGGCGGCGCUCGAGGGGCUCACGGCGCUGGAGCUGACGGGCGCUGACCGCACGGGGCUCCUCUCCGAGGUGUUCGCCGUGCUCGCCGACAUGCAGUGCAGCGUCGUGGAGGCCCGGGCGUGGACGCACUGCGGCCGCCUCGCGUGCCUGGUGUUCCUUGGCGGCGAGGACGCGGACGCCGACCGGCUGGCCCGUAUCCUGGCCCGCCUCGGCCACCUCCUCCGCGGGGACUCGGAGGCACCCGGCGCCGUUGCCGCCGUCCCCGCCGCCGCCGUGGCGCACGGCGACCGCCGCCUCCACCAGCUCAUGUCCGCGGACCGCGACCACGAGCGCGCGUUCCCCACCCCAGCAGUGUCCGUCCAGAGCUGGGCAGAGCGCGGGUAUUCGGUGGUCACCGUUCAGUGCCGCGACCGUCCCAAGCUGCUCUUCGACGUCGUCUGCACUCUCAACGACAUGGACUACGUCGUCUUUCACGGCACCGUUGACACCAACGGCGACCAAGCGCGCCAGGAAUUCUACAUCCGCCACGCCGAUGGGAGCCCCAUCCGUUCCGAGGCCGAGAGGCAGAGAGUGAGCCAAUGCCUCCAAGCCGCCAUAGAACGGAGAUCCUUAGAGGGUGUGAGACUGGAACUGUGCACGCCGGACCGGCCAGGGUUGCUCUCCGAUGUCACGCGAACAUUCCGGGAGAACGGAUUGCUUGUAGCUCAGGCCGAGGUGUCGACGAAGGGGGACUUGGCCUCCAACGUGUUCUAUGUGACCGAUGCCGCCGGCAAUGCAGUCCAUCAAAGCGCCAUUGAUGCCGUCAGGGAGAGGGUCGGCCUGGACUGCCUUGUUGUGAAGGAGGAGCCCCGGCUGCAGCUCUACCAGAAGGCUGUGCCGGGCGGCCGGGACAGCGUCGGCGGCAUUGGGCUGGUCUACCUUGGCAACCUUGUAAAGAGGAACCUGUACAACCUUGGCUUGAUCAAAUCGUGCUCAUAAGGCAGGAAUGAAGCAUCCAAGAAGAACAUACAGUUCAGUCAGCUCCUCACUUCGGUCAUAUGAGCUUGGCAGCACACAUGGAGACACCUUGCUUGCUUGUACAGCCUACACCAUGCCAUUGUUGUGCAUAGAGGAUUCAGAAAGACAAGGAGAUGCUGCAACAGGGGGUGUGCAUGGUGUCUGAGAGCUCAUACAGCCUGAAAGCUCAGACAUGUCAUUCAGAUCCAGAGACAGAGAAGAUCCAGGGACAGAAGCCAGGCCUGCACAAGCGAAGGAACAUGAUGAUAUAUCCUAGCAGUAGGAAAGUGUAGCUAUGUACAUAGACAAAUUUGUUGCUGUUUGUACCAGUUCCUAGUGUGUAGUGAGUGCAUUCAUGAUGUCUGUGGCACAGUGAAGGACGAUUUGUUAUCUGUAAGUCUAUUGCUGUACUGC